GACCUCUCUUGGCACAAGGAUAUCAAGAACACUGGCAAGGACGCGACCGUUCUCGCUCCCCAAUCCGACCCUAACGGCCUGAUCCAUUGCACAGUCACUCGCAAGGGCACCAAGUCCAAGCUAUAGACGCACACAUCUCCUUCGAUUCGUUCAUAUUCUUACUGGCUUCUUGUACAUAGCAUCGGCGUUUCGUGUGCUUUUAAAGGGGUGAUCGGAUAGUGAGAGUAGAACAUUAUACCAUAUGGACUGAGUCCAGGAGACGAGCGAGAGUAGAAACAUGUCACGGCGUUGGCCUGGGAAAUGCAAAGCUAAUGCUAAUAGCGACUGUGCCACUAUCGUGACAAUCGACAACUGUCCACUCGUUCAUCAGUUUGCUGGCAGUAAUGACGGCUCACUAAGUCGUUAUCUUACCCAACAGGAUGUUAUCUGCUAAGCACGAGGCCCUUGCUGGGGUAGCUAGCGGCAUAGUAGUGGUGUUGCCGUCGCUGCAACUGAUACAGUCCAUUCGUGCAAUCAAGGUCUUCGCACAGGGAACCCAGAAAGCAUUGGUGGAAUUUCAACGACCUACGGGAUCUCUAGAGCAUCUCGAAAUACUACUUGAAGAUGUACGGCAACUGAUAGAACGACAAACAACUGUCCAACAAGCUACCGACUCCUGCAACCUGAGUCUUCUGCGCCGUCUCAAGGGCUGCGACAAAAGCUCUAGGCCAUUGCAAAUUGUUGUUGAGCGAAGCCAUGAGGCAAGUUCACAUAGUCAUUUCCUCAAGGCUAAACUGAGACGCGACUUCAGCUUCGGCCAGAAGUCUGUGGACAUCGCCGAGUUAGAACGUACGGUCGAUCGUGAGACUGACCGUCUCAGCCUUCUUUGAUCAUCAAUAGUAUCAAUGUUCAUUUGAGAGCCGAUCGGAGUCACGCA